ACAGCGCUGAUCACAUGAACGGAGUCGACCGAUACUAGAAGUCGUGUGUUCAGUGCUCGAGACCGAGAGCAAAGGAAAACGACUCAUAGAAACAGUCAGCUGGAUUUUUGAGGAGUAAUGCUAAACCUGUAGCAGUUUGUUAAGUCUGAUGUUAUCUGCCUCUGAACAAUCUACUGUUGUCCCAUGUCCAAGGGGGAAGAUAUGAUGUUUAAGUUUGGGGUCGUGCAAAGAGUAUAAAUGCACAUUGAUGAGCAAAAAGAGAAAGGCUGGCGAAGGCGAAAGAAGUGGAUGUUUUGAGGGGCGCUGAAGAUCGUGUGCUGGAGAUGUCUCUGUGGAUGAUCUUACCCGUCAGCCUUCCAGCUCUCACCAUCACUGGAAUAUGGGUUGUGUAUGCUAUGGCCUUGUACAACCAGCAUGUCUGUCCUGUGGACAAUUGGAUGUAUAACCAGUCAUGUGAGAUGGAUCUGCCCUUGCAGAGGGGACCAACACUAUGCUGUACUCUGGACAAUGUUCCCCUCAUAAGUAAAUGUGGCACACUUCCUCCAGAGAGCUGCUUCUUCAGUCUCAUCUGCAGUACCGGAUCAUUUAUGGUGAUGGUGAUUGCGUUGCUGCGUUAUGCCCAUGUGAUAGAGAAGGCCCAAAACUGUGUGCUAAACACAGCUAGUCUCUUCACUGGCUGGAUCUGUGCUGCUGGACUCAUCAUGGUCGGCAACUUCCAGGUGGAUAAUGCCAAGGUUCUGCACUAUGUUGGUGCAGGGGUGGCCUUCCCCACAAGUAUGCUGUUUGUGUGUUUGCAGUCUGCGCUGACCUACCGCCUGGCCAAGACCCCGGGAGAAUAUAAUAUGGGUCACUUGCGCCUGUUUAUGACCCUGCUGGCCUUUGUAGCUCUGGUGCUUAGUGGGGUGUUUUUUGUCCAGGAGAGUUUUGUUCUGCAACACGCAUCUGCCAUUUUUGAGUGGGUUUUCUGUGUCAUCAUCAUGCUCUUCUACGGCACAUUUGCUUUUGAAUUUUCUGGGAUUUCCAGUGACACAAUGAUGGUGCUGGCCCGAGGGCAAUCUCUGCUGACCUCAAGCCGAGAUCAUAAAAUGGAGUCGCUUAGUGGAGCCAAUCAGCACCAGCCUGAGAGUCUGUCCGUAAUGUAACCUCAGUGUCCAAUAACUGCUAAUAUGUCUCAACACAAGAACUGCAGAGGGAACAGAAGAGAAAGUGGAACCUUGCUCUCAUACAACCAGCUUACCCUUGCCAAAGGAUCCAGUUCAGAUUUUGCACAUUUUUGAGAGACCAAAUCUAUGCCUCCUUACACACCAGGGACCUUUGAAUCCAACAGCUUCCAUGUUGAGAAAAGGGAACUAUAUCGACUGGAUGUGUUGGAGAUUCUGUUAGAUUUCAUCUGGAUUUUGAAAGCAUCUGUGUAACUUGGAUAAAAGCAAAUACAGAGUGCUAGCUGAAAACUACCUGUGUCUGUUGAUGAAGCCUUCUGCAAUCAAUAUUAUACUCAAGCAUUUUAACAUAGUGCCUCAAAACAGAUGUUAUUGUGCCAAUUCUAGACAUUGCAAGACAAUGAAUACCAAAAUGCUGAUUUUUAUCUUUGCCUUUUGUUUUUUUAAAGGCAGAGAUAGCAUUUUUCUUUUCACGUAUCUCUGAUCUACUUAACUGAUCAGGUUGUUUUGAUUUUACCUUAAUGGCGUCUAAAAUUCCAUGUUCAAUAUCAUUACCACUGUGCCUUAUAACAAAGAACCAAAUACAGCUAUUUAAUAGAGCUAGACAUACGUUGAAAGUCAUACAUGUAGAAAAACUGU